UUAUCCUUUAGUUUAAUGGCAGGGGCAGGUGUUGGAUUGAUAACGUGAAUUGUUGACUUAUUGUAUAAUAACUGCAAAAACAGUACUACAGUAUUAUUAGUAGCUAUACAGUACAUACUGUAAAUAGUUAGUAUGUGGUAUGAACUUUGGACACAGUGUUGUCAUGGUAUGGGAACUACUUUUUUCAUUUUAUUGUGUAUUUUCUUGAGGACACUACAUGCAUUUAUUUUACAAUUUGGACACUCAAAUAAUAUGGUGGAGGGUAAAUAAAGUACCUAUUGCUACAUAUUUACAGUCUACGCAGUAACUUCAGUCAUAGGGACAAUAGUUAGCUUACAUUGUAGACUAACUAUUGUAAUAAGUGGGAUAAUGUAGAGCGAGGUAUACACAUAGUUAACAAAUCAGGAGUGAUAAUGGACACAGCCUCUCUCUUCAUCUCACCAUUCUGCCACCAGCAGUUAGUUUCAGUUGAACAUUCUGUUGCUAGUAGCAACCAGUACUGGCACAGGUGUAUAGCAGUUGGGAGUUAAACUGAGAUUGUUAGCUUCAUCUACCACUACCACUCUGUGAACAAGCAAAUAUUGACAGGCACCUUUUAUCUACUGAAAAAAUACCCUUGUUGGACCAUUACUUGUAGAGGAAGUCUCUGAGAGACCAGUGGCUGAUGGAGGGAGCUCCCUUGUCCCCAACCUCCCCGGACUCCCAGAGCCCCCGCUCCCCUCUUUGGGGAGCCCAGGAGAAUGAAAAGCGAAUUGACAAGUUGCAGUCAGAGAGUCAGCAAUUGGAAGAGGAGGAAGAGAAGCUGAAGGAACAGAUGAAGCAUGGCCAAACGCAGGAGGCAGUGGAAGUGGCAGAGGCUGGAGCAGAAAUGGUUGUGCAGAACGGAGACAACAAUGCAAUAGGAUCGGAAGAUAAAGUAAAGACAAACCAAAGUGCACUACUGGAUGAAACCGCAGCGGUCCUUACCAAUGGCGGAGGAGACUUGGAAGCAGACCCCAAUCACGACACUACCACCACCAACGGACCGGUUGUAGCCUCUGAGGGUGUUAUUAGCAUGACAUUGGAGCCUGAGUUAAGUCUGGGUGUUUCUGAGGCAGAGCCUGGUCGGGUUCUAAAUGUCAAGAUUAAUGGGGAGGAGGAAGAAGGGACUGUGGUGAUGAGAGCAGAAUGUGUGAUCAUCACAGAUGACGGGGAUGAUGUACUUAAGGAUCUUGCACCACAGGAAGAUCAGCGGGAGACCAUGCAGUCAGAGGAAACCCCUCUGCCGAAUCCAGAAGAAGGCCAAGAUGGAGGGGAGGCUGUGGAGGAGGUGGUAAAAACAGAAGCCGCUCCAGAAACUUUCACACAACCAGAGAAGAGUGAGGCAACUGAACGCAUUGCGGAGGCACCACCAGCAACUGGAGAUGGAGACGUGCAGGGCGGCGUGAAGACAAACGAAAAUGGAGAUCGAGAGACGAAAACUGAAGGACAGUACAGACAAUCAGAAGACCCAACCUCUGUGCAGGUGCAAUCCCCAGCCAAUGCUCCAGAGGGCACUGCAGUGGUUUUGGUGCCUGUCUACUCUAAGGUGCAACCCUCUACUCUCAACCUCGAGCUAGAGGCUGAGGCUGAAGCUGAGGCAGCAUUAAAAGCCCAAGACCCUGCCCCUCUGCCUGGCCAGUUCCAGGAGGUUCCCCUGGCCGAUCCCCAGGAGAUCCAGAGGACAGAGGCAAGGCCGGAGGAGAAGGAACCCCUUCUGUCGCAGGCCAAAGCCCCCGACACCCAAGCAAAGCCAGCAGCAGCUGCCAGCACAGAGACACACAGCCCGACCAGGGCUAGCCAGGGAGAGGAGACCCAGGCACCCAAACACAAAACCUGCCAGUGCUGCUCUGUCAUGUAAAUGCCCUUUCUGUACAUUCAUAUCCACUCUCCCUUUUUACUCUGUCCCUCUGCUCUUCAAUUCAUAACACACUCACUUUUUGUUUUAUGCACCCAUCCUUUUUCUGUCUUCAAGCGACUUCAUUUUCCUCCCCUACUCUCUGUCCUCAUUCCUUGUAUUCAUCUUGAAUCCUUGAAUCUUAAGUUUGGAUACUCCAAAGGAAGUGAGCUCUCGAUUCCAACAUGAAGACGGGGGGGGGGGGGGGGGGGCAUGGACUGGACUUGUCAGUGUUUAAGUGCCUCGAGGAGCUCUCUACCCAGAACUACACUUUUAAAUUCUUUUUUUCACACAAUGUGGACCAAAAUAUGAGGUGUUUCUUUUUUUAACAUUGUUUUGAGUUUGAUUUUAUUUUCCUGGUUAGCAGAUGAGCCAGCCAAUCUACAUAGGAUCAUAAAACCCACAUAUUAAAGAUGUAUUAUUUUAAACUGUUGUAUCUACAUGUAUACUUCAUUGGGUAAUAUUCAUAAUCUAAAUAUGAGAUUCAACAUCCAGAGAUCUGGAAAGGUUCAGAGAGGAUAUUCUUCUAAUUGAAUGACUAUAACGCUGAAUUAAUUUUUGAUUUUGGACUUUUGUUAGAGAUACUUUUAAUCCAAGUAUAGGGCCUGGACAUUUUAUUCACUCUGUAAUACAGGUUUUGACAAUACACAGACUGAUAGUAUGAAAUGGCCUUUUUUAUAAACCACAGUGUGUACCGCUGAAUAUUUUGUGGGAUGUUGUCAGAUUUAAAAGAGAAAUUAUUUUAAAAUGCCUGAAAGUAUGCAUUUGAUAUUUUUAUCAGAUGUGUUUUUGAAAGAGGGGCUCCAGAGCUCCUGACAUAGCUCUGUGCAUGGCUGUAUUAACUGUCUACAGAAACCUGUGGAAUUGAGAGUGUCUGAGAUGUCAGCUUUGAAAUGAUUGAUUAAUGGUUUAAUGAUUAAACUGACAUUUGUGAUACAUUGCUUGAUGUACUCGAUGUUCAUCCAGCAUCUGUUCCUCAAACAGUGAAUUUGUCCCAAAACAACAUUGCUUCAUACAAAAACAAACACACUGGAUAAUGUUUAACCAUAAUGUUAUUUAUUUGUAAUUCCCUCUGUCAGGGGAGUGGGAGUCUGCAGUUACCCUCAGACAACUGGUAUGUAUCUAUCCAUGCAGCUUUAGUUGUGGUAAAUGUCCCCCUGAAGGGAAAAAGAGAACUAACAGGGCGUACUAUCUAUGAGACAUUCUGCGUUUCUCAUAAAUCCUCCACUUAUGCAAGUGCAUGAGUGUCAAAGCCGCCUGAGCUCCCAGCAGUGUCUCCACCUGCCCUUGUAGUAGUUCCGUGGCUAACAGCACAGCCAUCUAGAGGACCAAACCAAAGCCGGAGUUGCUGGGGAAGGGGGUGCAGCAAUGGGCUCUGUAACUCUGAAAAUAAGUCCUGCUGAGCUGAGAGCUCCCAUGGGGUCCUGUCCAACAGCAAUUGGAUUUUUUAGAGAACCAUUGCAUGAGGAGCCACUACCUUUUUGAUAUAUAAAAAAAACAUGAGUUCAAUGUGUUUAAUUUUUUUCAAUUCUUCAUAAUACAAUUCCAAACAAACUAUGAGAACAAAAGAACCAGAUGUUGCUGCCUGUAUUAGCAGAUGAUACGGUUGUAGAUCCAUUGUGUCUAAUUCUAAGCAUAAAAGCAAUUAAUCUAAAGGGGAAGAUUGUGUACUGUUGCAAAGAUGAUACUAGUGUUUUGGCUGUUGAGUUGGUGAAGGCAUAGUAACAUCCCACAUUCACUGAAUUAUUCCAC